AUGUCCCACGAUGGCGAUGCCGUUGACGACGCCAAUAGCUCGGCCCCCGACCUCCAAAUCCUAGGCGAUGAAAUCACCCUGCAGCCCAGCGGCUUCGUCGAGCCCAAGGGAAUCGUCCACGAUGAAAAAGAGGAAGCUUUGAUGAAUCAAUCGCCCAGGUUUCGCAGCGAGCCGCUCCAGUUCCUUCGCGAAGUCUCCCUCUAUGUGUCUGGCCAAGGAUGGCGAGCCUACGACCGCGUCAUCGGUCAGCCGGUGUUCUACUCCGGCUUCUCGGAGAACAUGACCUCCAUGGUCCUGUCGGCGCCGCUGCUGCAGAAGCGGAUUUCGCAGCUCGCCAACGAUCGCCUGGCCGUAGAGGAGAAGGAGGGAUUGUUGAAUAAAAAUGACAAAGACUACAUCACGAAGCAUGCGCAGCGACGCAAUGUCCUAGAAAACUCUCUCCUAGAGGUCGCGGAGAAGCUUACAGACAACAUGAUUUGCAAGAUGGAGAGCAACACCUUUAUCCGCGGUGCAUACUAUCUCUGUAUGCAGCUGGUGACGCGCGCCUACCACCAGGGAAUCCAUGUUUCCAGCGAAGAGGUCCUGCGAAUACGAAAAGUGGCAGAGCUGGCCGCCAAGAAUAAGCAGAGCAUUGUAUUCCUGCCGAGUCACCGAUCACACGUGGAUUACGUUUCUCUGCAGCUGAUAUGCUAUCGCCUUGGCCUGACAUUGCCGGUAGUCGUAGCUGGAGAUAACCUCAACUUUCCGGUUGUAGGAGCUUUCUUGCAACAUGCGGGCGCCAUGUGGAUUAGACGAUCAUUCGGAGACGAUGCCUUGUACACCACACUCGUGCAGUCAUAUAUCGACACGCUGCUACAAAAAGGCUACAACUUCGAGUGCUUUAUCGAAGGAGGCAGAUCGCGUACAGGCAAGCUGCUGCCACCAAAGUUUGGCAUCCUGAGCUUCGUUCUCGACAGUAUCCUAUCUGGCAGAGUGAAGGAUUGCAUUGUGUGCCCUGUCAGCACUCAAUAUGACAAGGUCAUUGAGACAGAGGGCUAUGUCACUGAGCUGCUUGGCAUGCCCAAGAAGAAGGAAAACUUGGCCGAUUUCCUCUCCAACGGACCCUCUAUCCUCUCUCUCAAGCUGGGCCGAGUCGAUGUUCGGUUUAAUGAGCCGUGGAGUUUGAGGAAAUUUGUUGACAACCACCUCUCAAAGCUGAAUAGCAUUCCUGCAAGCCUAGACACGGAGCGCAACAACUCUGAAGUAAGAGCUAUUCGGGAAAAGCUCCUCCGUGCCCUAGGCUACAAAGUCCUCGGCGACAUCAACGCGGUUUCGGUCGUGAUGCCCACUGCCCUCAUUGGCACUGUUCUUCUCACUCUACGUGGUCGCGGUGUCGGUAAAGAGGAAUUGGUCCGUCGUGUCGAGUGGCUGACCGCUCGUGUCCGAGCCAAGGGUGGACGAGUUGCACAUUUUGGAAACGCGCCCCUUUCAGAGAUUGUCGACCGAGGUCUGGAAGUCUUGGGCAAGGACUUGGUUGGGGUAGUUGAGGGACUGGCCGAACCAACGUAUUACGCUGUCGACCGCUUUCAGCUCUCCUUUUACCGCAACAUGACGAUCCAUCUCUUCAUCUACGAGGCUCUUGUCAGCGCAGCCAUGUACACGCGCGUCAAGCGUGGAGGCGGCCCGUCGAACCAGGACAUCACCUACGAAGAACUUAAAGAUCAAGUCGGAUUCUUGUCUUCGCUGUUCCGCGGAGAGUUCAUCUUCUCGGGCGCCGGCCUUGUCGCAAACUUGGAUGUCACACUGCGCGGCUUGGAAGCCGACCAUGUGGUUCGCUUGGAUAGAGACGAGAAUGGGAACAUUGCAACCAUUGGAUUGUCGGAUGAGGAGCGCAAGGCCGGGCGAGAAAACUACGACUUUUACUGCUUCCUCAUCUGGCCUUUCAUCGAGGCCAGUUGGCUUGCUGCCGUGUCAUUGAUGGGCCUCACUCCUCCUGCAGGUAAAAAUGGCCACGUAUGGAUCGAGGAGGCGAAGGCUCAGAAUAGUGCACAACUGCUCGGCAAGACUCUCUAUCACCAAGGCGACCUCUCCUACUUCGAGGCUGUCAACAAAGAAACCCUCAAAAACUCAUACAUGCGCUUCCAGCAAGAGCAAAUCAUCAACGUAGUCAAAUCCAAAGACUCCAAGAUCCCUCCUCGCCUCCAGCUCGAUCCUUCCUGGCGACCUAGUCGCGAUCCUGAGACAGGCGCUCUGCUCGCCGAGGGCAAGCUAUGGGACUUUACGGAGAAGAUUGCAAGCUCUCGUCGUGAGGGUAAGAAUCGGCGUGAUGGCGCCACGGUUAGCAGCCGUGUGCUUCGCUUGACGGAUGAGCUUGGCAGCAGGCUCUUUGCUGAAGCUGAAGAGGCGGAGAAGAAGGGCGGAAAGGUGCCCAGCAGGCUGAGCAAGGAAGAUCAGGAUGCGCUGGAUCACAACAUGGAGAGUGCACGGAGGAAGAGGAAGCUGGAGGGCAGAGCGCAUUUGUAA